CAGUUACUGUAAUAAAAACUUGUUGCCAUUGAGGGAUGAACAUCUUAGAUUGACUGUUAUGUUAACAUAUUUUGUUAUUAUUUGGGAGUGUUAGGUCUCUGAUCAGCAGGGGCAUUUUCUCUAUAUAAGAAGAAAAUGGAGACUUCCUACCCACCCGAUGUAUUUUGUCUGACAGUUUUCUGUACAUUACAGUCACCAAUAUAUCCAAAUAUCAUCACCGGCCCAGACGUCAUUCACUCCUUUGAAUUGUGCUGGUAGCAGUAAGGUGUCAUCAUUUGAGAUGGUCACAGUAUCCAAUACACUGAAGUCACAGGACUCAAAUUUCAUACAUGUUCACAGGGUCUCUGCCAAAAUUAUUUGAGGAUUUUUCCUCUGCUAGAGCAUCCAUGGAUGCACUUGAAACCCAGGACAUCCCAACACAUAUGGAUAAUCAGGCCAUGGCCUACAGUAUGUACAAAAAUUGCCAUACUUUUAAAGCAGUAACUUGCGUGCCUCCAAAUGGUGCACUUACAUUUUGCCCCAUGCUGUACCCAGGUUCUACUUCUGAUGUAGCCAUUGUACGCCACAGCCAAGUUUUACGAAAGUUCAAAGCUGGAGACCUUAUUUUGGGGGUCAAAGGUUUCACCAUUCAUGACCAGUCGCCCCAGGGUGUCUGCUUAAUUAUAAAAGCUCUUUUAUCGACACGAGGCCAGUUUACCAUACAAGAAGCAGCACUGUGUUACAAGAUUGCUAAAGCACUUAUUCAUGUGGAAAGAGCCAACGAGAGGAUAAAGAAUUACGAGAUUCUCUGUCACAUACCAUCUACUUACAGACCAAUCUCAACAAAAAUAUUUCAACUCUGUUCUUGUCUUGUAAACUUGCAAGCUCCACUUUUGAAAGAAAUUACUUAAAGAUACAUGUACUUAUUAUAAAUUUGCAUUGGCGUGUGACAGUAUACACUAAACAGUGAAGAUAUUCAUACCAAAGUGCAAGGGAUAAGCAAAUUUUGAUUUGUUAUCAAUGUCAAUGGUUAUAUUUGUUAACUUUGUAGCAUGUUGUAAAAUAAAUACAUGUACUUCAGAAAAUGAAAAUCCCUUUUGUUAGCAUGGAUUUAUUACAAGAAUGUUUGGCAAUUCCAUUCUUCAUUUGACAAUAUAAUUUGGAAGAGGGUUUACUUAUAAUUUUAAAUCUCUAGUUUAAAGUAUAUAUUUACCUUUAAAGCACAACUCAACAAAUUCAUGUUUUCAACAAUUUAUCUAUUAAGAAAGACAAAAAUGUUACAUUUUCACUUUGAGAAUAACA